AUGGAAUACCUCAUCAAGCAGUACACACGCGAGCAGUCCAAAUCCGAAAUCUUCACCUUCGAAGACUAUAUGCUGAGCCGCAAGAUCCAAACAUGGCACAACUGGGGCCAACCAUGCAAAGAAAGAAUAUCCCUACGGCGCGCCCUGCUCGCGCGCCUCGAGCUGAAUCGGAAAGCGAACAUGUACGCCGGUGCACUGGGCUUGCACAGGCUGCCGGAUAUAGAAGAGUGGGAUCCGCUGCAGACGGAGGAGCUGUAUGAUAUGGAUAUAGAGCGAUUGCGCUGGAGUGCGCGGAUUAUCAUUGAGUCUGGACUCUUCGAGAAGAAGGGAAACGUGCGCCACAGCUACAUCCCGUACUAUCAUAAGCCGUCAAGGUACUUGGCGGCGGAGAUGUUGCUGGCAGUGUAUGAUGAGGUUGAUGUGGAGAAUGCGGCGGGGGAGUUGGGGCGGAUGCAAAGGGACGGGCAGUUUUCGUGGUAUAGGCGUGUUUUCCAUUAG